GGAAGGUGUACCUCGCAGUGUGAGGAAACAGAGACAACAGAAGUAAACACAACUGACCAAGUGACUCACCUUCUUUAUCGUCAAGUUAUAAAUCAGAAACAAACCCCACAACGCCUGAAAAACUUCUUCCUUAAUUUACAGUGCAGCUAUGUGUCUUGCAAAGCUUCCUAAUGAGAGAAAACUGACGCUGUGUCGGAAAUAUUACAUGGCUGGAUUUGCCUUCUUGCCCUUUAUGUGGGCAAUAAAUGCAAUCUGGUUUUUGAAUGAAGCUUUCUGGGCGCCUCCUUACCCAGAACAGAAGCAGAUACGCAGAUAUGUGAUCGUAUCAGGAGUAGGAGCACUGUUGUGGCUGGUGGGGCUCAUUAGCUGGGUGGUGGUGUUUCAACAGAACCGUAGUGUUUGGGGAGCCACCGCUGACUACAUGUCAUUCAUCAUUCCUAAGGGGGUUCCAUAGUUAGCCUUCUUGUACAGUACGUCCCGCAACAGGUUACGGAUGAUUGUUCGGAGGUGAUUGCCGUAUUUUACCGUUCAGUCACAAAAUAUUUAAGGAGUGAAACAACACUGAUAAAUUCUAUUUUAACAGCUUCAUUAUUUUGAUAAUUAGAAGACCAAAUGGUAAACCCCCAAUCCCUAUUGGUGUAUCACUGAACCCAAUUAUACAUUCCAUUAAAUGAUGAGACCCACAGAAACUGUUCUCUUACAAAGCCAAGAUAACACUGGACUCACUCAAGAAACUGUUUUGACUACAUCCAUUGUGAAGCUUCAUUGCUUAUGAGGACAUACUUCCCCUACAGGGGAAAUGCUCACAAAUUUAAUGAUAGUGUGUUUUAUACCUGUAUUGCUAGAUGAAGUGGCCACAACCACAGUGGUAACUAGUUUGUGCUCAGGAUGACCUUGUACAGUACUAUAUAUGUACUCCUGAAGGAAACAUUGUACUGUUCUUUAAUACUGUCACUACUGUGCUUGUACUUACCACACUAAUGUUCCCCAUUAAACCUUGAUCUUCAGGUACCAUAUAUAAGUAUAGACAAGUUAAUACAUAACUCUGUGGUAACAGUAGUUGGCACAACAGGUCCUGUAGGUGGUCCUAACUUAAGUUGCUGUUGAAUGUAUCAGGAUGUAUGAGAACUUUCAGUAAAUUUCACAGAACACUUAAAAGUGUUACUAUGUAGAAUGGUUUAGGAUUUUGCCCAUAUUUUGUUAGUCAAGCUCAUACACACAGUGGCCAAGGUUAUUGCUCGAUGGGUGUUGGUUGUUUCACACACACACAAGUUUUUUUGUACAUGGGAAUUAUGAUCAUUUCAUACAUAAGUUGUGGGUUGUUUCAUACACUGUACAAUAUUAAAAUGAAAAGUUUGUGUGCUAUUUCUUGAUAUUGUUACAAGUAGGUUAAGUUAGAUCUGGUAAGGUUUGGUUUUAUUAUUUUUUCCAUGUAAAGUUUAAUUAUCUUGAAUGUAUGUACAAAAUGAUUUGUGGGUCUAUAAAUGAAAUGACGCAUUUAUGAGAUGGUUUGUGUACAAAAUGACCAACACCCUUUGGCUUCCACAUUGAUGUGAUGAUUUACUCUACUGAAAAAUCAGUUGAAAUAUAAUAAUUAAAUGAAAUAUUCAUGAUUUGACUCAAAGAAAGAGUUGUUCAGUGGUGUAGCAAGUCAGUAUGUGCUCUCUUGAAAUAUCAUUAAUAACAAAAAAUUGUCAGAGCUACCGUAACAUCUAUGGCAUAAGAUUUGUGAACUCUAGGAAUAACCUGCCAGAGUAUGGUGUGAUACUACCGAGUGUGAGCUCAUUUAAGAACAGGCUUGACCAACACUGGCACAUGUUUAGGUACAUUAAAGACCCCGUAUAUGCACUUUACUUGCCAACAGUAUGCAAAAAAGAUAUGACUGUUUGCCCAACCAUCUAAUAAGCUGACAAGUGAUAAAAAGCAGAAAAGAGAAAUUCUGUAUAAUUUAGUUGUGAUAUUCAACAUACAAAGUCAUGAGCCACUGUCUUUAAUAUUUCAAAGUUUAUGAGUGCUGUUGAAGAAAAGUCGGUUCAGGUUGUCAAUCAGUGAAUCUCUACCAUUUUAUUAUAAUAGUUGCUGAAUAGUUUUCCCUUCUUGAUGUAAGAAUGUGUUAUGGUUACCAAAACCUGAGACCAUCAAGAUAAUAUUUUCAAGACUCCGAUGGACACGCAUUGAAGAAGCAGUUGCAACCUGUAGUAUUGUAGGAGUCGGUACUGUAUACUUGUAUGUGGCUGAACGAUGUUAACAAAUCUAAAACUCGGGCAAUUUUAUAUUCAUUACCUUUAAAAUGAAGCUCUCACAAGUUGAUAUAUUGUAACGCUGUACACUCACACCUGUACCAGGUUCAUGGGGCUGCCUAACCAAAGUUUAUGUUAUAUUCUCUCAUAAUAACUUUUGUAUUCCUUUAUAUUUCUCCAAACUAAGUUUUGUUAUGUAUGAUUGUUCUUUUUUUAUGAAUUGGAACACAAUAUUCUGGAUAAAAAAAAAGCUGAAUUACCCUAGAGAUUUUGUAGAGACUCCCAAUUUUUCUAAAAGUGAGACCCCCAAAAUUGAACAGUAGAGGAAUACUGUACUGGCAAUAACAGUUGAAAAUCACUUAAUAAAUUUUGUGAACUUACACUUUUUGGUACUGUAUUAACUAUUCAAUAAGGAACUUAAUAAUUAAUAACAAAAUGGAAAAAAGAAAAGACAAGACUUAGGGAAUAAAUAUGAUGAUGAACGUACACUUAAGUCUCAUUGUGACGUGUUGUAUUGAUUAUUUAGUUCAAAAAUUAUAACUUUUCUUGUGCUUUGUGCAGUGUUUAUAUUUGCUUAUACAGUACUGUACAUUUAAUCUAUAUAGAAUCCUAAUACUGUACUGUUCUACUGCCACAUAUAAUUCUUUACAAAUAACAUAAUCAUUUGUUAAUAAAUAUGUAGAUAAA